GCGCCGGAGCGACAUGCCGCUCUUACCAGGCUCCUGCGCUCGUUCGUUGGCACCAUGGAGAAUUUGGAGACCACCGCGUGGCUUGCCCACGGUUCGCUGCUCGCCUGGCACUGGAGCCCGCGGAUCUUCCCAUGGGAAUGGGACCUAGACGUCCAUGUGCACUUUCGGGGGCUGCAGAAGCUGGCCAGUUGCUGCAACGGCUCGGUGUACGAAUGUGGCAUAGGGGAAAAGUACUUGCUGGAUGUUAAUCCGUUUAUGUGGGAGAGGAAUGGGAUGGUCGACCCGACUAACCGGAUCGAUGCGCGAUGGAUUGAUCUAGCGACGGGGCUGUAUGUGGAUAUCACGGCCGUGGAGGAGGCUGAAAAUGCUCAGGGAGGAUGGUCACUGGCGGCCAAAGAUGGGCACCAGUAUAGGAAAGGGGAUGUGCUGCCGUUGAGGGUGGCAUGGUUUGAGGGUGUAAAGGUGCUGGUGCCGUGGAAUUCGACGGUGGUGCUGGAGCACGAGUACGGCAGGGAGGCACUAGUGAGGAGGAUAUUCAGAGGGUAA